AUGCUCACCAGAGGAGAUGUCGGAGCGAUUCCAGAUGCUUCGUUAGCGUUAAAGGCCCUCACAGCGUUCCUCCAGCAAAAGAACUCGGGAACAGCCAGAAGGGAGGCUUUAGACAUCAUCGUGGAUUCCUGGGAGGACGAGCUGUGGCCCUGGAUAGAGUGUAUCCGGAGGCGUGCGUUGAACGUCAAGACGCCUCUCGUUGGCUUUCCAGACGACGCCCGCAGAGAAUACAUGGACAACAUCGUCGAAGCACUGUACUACUACCGUUUCUACGAACCUCUGUUCAAGAAAGUCAAAGACACGGACGGACUGGCACCGCUGCUGAUAUCCCUUUGGUACUUGGAGGCUGUUGACCCGGAGCUGGAUCCAUAUGCCCUCGUCGAUAAUCCUCCAGACUACGAGAACGAUCUCGACAUGCGAUUUCCUCCCGAUUUCCUCUCCUCAUCUCUUUUACAGAACUACCUCUUGUUUUACACUGUUGAGAUCGACCCUCUGUGGGCCCCUGAUUUCCUUAAGGUCUGCGAUGGUGAUCCCCUCAGGGUGGGAGAAGUAACCAUGAUCCACUUGAGAAGAAGUAUUAAAUACCUACCUGAAGGGUCAGAAUACCUCAAACGACUCUACGACGACAUCCACGUCCUCGGUGUCCUCUCCGACUACGACCCGUUCGAGAACGCGCUUGUAGCACACAAUGGGCCAAUAUGGGCGACGAAGGCGUUGAUAGAGGUCGUGAAACUCGAGAUGCCGAAGAAAUUUGACGAAGUGCAAGCUAUACACCGAUGUGUCAUGUGUAUCAUAUUCUACCUCCAUCCCAGCCUCGAUGGGACUGAUGGUAUCCUGUGGACCAUGCGCGCAGUCGAAGCCGGCCUUAUCCCUGCCCUCCUUCGCUGCGACCGCUUCAUGGAAGGUAUCGGCGAAUCCGAAGCACCUCUCAUGUUAUUCCAGAAGCACCUCCCGAAAGAGCUGAUAUUUGUCACGGUGGCGAGGGCCCUCGCGUCUUCAUUCAAAGUGCACGCGAGCGAGAUUUCAAUGCUUGAAGGAAAGAUGAACAAGAGAGCGUCUCUUUGGCGUGGGUGGAUCGAGUUCAAGGAAGUAGCGAAGGAACGACUCUCCCUGUUUGGAUCGAUCGUGAACAGCGCUGCUGCCUGUUCUAACAAGAAGUGCUCGAAGAAGAAUACGACGCUGACCUUCAAACCAUGCGAGGGAUGCUACGUCCUGUCUUACUGUUCCGACGCGUGCCAGAAAAUAUCCUGGGAGGACGGGCAUAAAAGCCACUGCCAGUGCAAACAAUGGGAACAGCGUCGACUGAACGGCCAGAGUGCGCCAUUCCCCGACUCCCAUAUAAAGCACUCCAUCAAGGUCUUCAACCACGACCGGCGCACGCGUGCCGACCUCAUCCUCUCCUCUUGGAAACGCGACCUCGCGAGAAACACAUCUCCUUCACCAGGCCGUCCCGUCCUCGUGCUCGACUACAACACCUACCCGCCACAGCUCUCCACGGGCUUCACUAGCACGUACAAGCCAAAGGAUUACGAUCAGCUCGAGGCGACGCGCAAAUGGUGGGACGAGCUCGUGGCGAUCAAGGCUUCCAGCUUCAACAAGGAGCUAGCGGAGGACUUCGAGGAUUUUGGGCUCGCCGUCGCAGGAUUUCAUGUCAGCGAGCCUGAGGUACAGUAUAUCACGGACUUCAUGGUGCCCAAGAAAGAGGACAGGGAGUCACAAGCGCCGUUAAUCGAGAAGCUGGCGAAGGUGCUCGAGGCCUGA